AUGCGCCAAGUCAUCAUUUGAGUGGAAUCGACUCCCGUCGCCGAGGAUCCAGCGCCGGGUUUUCCCAGCGGCCCUCCGUCGGUCCGUGUCUGGCAGCAGCAGCAUGAAAGCGGUGGGAAACAGAAACGUUAUGGCUGCCGCUCUGUCUCUCACUCAGCUCUCCAGUGGAAAUCCCAUUUAUGACAAAUACUACCGACAGGUGGAUCCUACUGGCAGUGGGCGGGUGGCGGCAGCGGAUGCAGCUCUGUUCCUGAAGAGGUCUGGCUUGGCUGACCUGGUGCUGGGGAAGAUCUGGGAUUUGGCAGAUUCAGAACGUAAAGGGGCUCUUAACAAGCAGCAAUUCUUCAUAGCGUUGCGGUUGGUGGCCUGUGCUCAAAAUGGCCUGGAGGUGGCGCUCAGGAGCCUUAAUGUGGCUCUUCCUCCCCCACAAUUUAAUGAGACGAGCAGCCCGCAGCUAGCGGGAGUGGCGUCUGUUGACACUCUCUGGGUUGUCAAGCCUGAGGAGAAGAUAAAGUUUGACUCCAUCUUUGAGAGCUUGGGUCCCGUAGGAGGGAUUCUAACCGGAGACAAGGUCAAGCCUGUUCUGCUCAACUCCAAGCUACCAGUGGACGUACUCGGCAGGGUAUGGGAGCUCAGUGACAUCGACAGGGACGGCAUGCUGGACAGAGAUGAAUUCUCUGUGGCCAUGUAUCUGGUGUACAGAGCCCUGGAGGGGGAGCAUGUUCCCAUGUCCCUACCCCCUCCCCUGGUUCCACCCUCCAAGAGGAAAAAACCCUCGCUGCCUCCCGCGAUGCCCCUGUUACCCUCGCCCCCCUCGGUCAAAGACAGCCGCUCCUCCCACGCCGGCUCCAGGAGCUUGCCCCACCCCCCUAAGCCCGCCCCCGCCCCCACUCCCACCCCCGCCCUCGCUCCUGUCCCGACACCAGCAGCGGCCCCUGUGAGUACGGGACGCGCCUCGCCUCUGCAUGCAGUGCCUGAAAGUGAUUUUUGGGUGGUGUCUGCAGCAGACAAAACAAAGUAUGAUGAGCUGUUUGGCAAGACGGAUGGCGACAUGGACGGCCUUGUGUCUGGACCCGAAGUCAGAGACAUCUUCUUGAAGACCGGGCUGCCGUCUGCCACACUGGCACGUAUCUGGGAGCUCUGUGACAUUGGAGACAUCGGGAAACUGACCCGAGAGCAGUUUGCCCUGGCGCUUCAUCUGAUCAAUCAGAGGCUGACUAAAGGCCUUGAACCUCCGCAGAGUCUCUUGCCAGAGAUGAUUCCACCGUCCGACAGACAGAGCAUCAAACAGAAGAACGCGGCACAACUAGCGGCCGACUUCUCAGCCAUCAAGGAGCUGGACUCUCUCAGUAACGAGAUUUUCGAAUUACAAAAGGAGAAAAGCUCGGUGGAAGAGGAGAUCAAGGAGAAGGAGGAGGCCAUCAGACAGCGCAGCACCGAAGUGCAGGACUUGCAGGGCGAGGUGGCGAAGGAGAGCGGGGAGCUGCAGCAGCUCCAGGCUCAGCGUCAAAAGGUCCAGGAUGCCUUAGAGGAGCUGGACCAACAAAAAGGCUCCCUGGAGGAGCAGCUGACUUUCAUCCGGCAGCAGACAAACCAAGAAACCCAUCUGAUUUCAUCGCUGCAGUCGGAGCAUGAGGACCAGGAACAGAAGAUCAGUCAGUUUGAGGAGGAGCUGGUCCAGGCCCGAGAGGAGCUUCUCGCUCUGCAAGAGGAGAGCAGGAAGCUGCAGGAGAAGGUCCAGGCGGCUCAGGAGCAGCUCACACCUCUGCAGGAGUCUGUCCGCGACUCCUUUACGCAAGUUGCACAGGUUCAGCAGAAACUGAAUAACCUUCAGGUGGAAGAAAGGUCACUCACUGCCCAGCUUAGCUGGAAAAGAGCCCUGGAGGACAGCUCUCCCGUCAUGGUCAACGGAUCCACCGGGUUCACUGCAGAGCUGUGCCAGCCGGAUCCCUUCCAGCAGGACCUCUUCCAGGAGGACCAGCCUAAGGAGCUCAAUGAGAAGGCUCCAUUGGCUGUCUGCAAUAGGCAGAAAGAACAGUCGGAUCAAAAAGAGAAGGAGAGAGAAGAUGAUGAAGAAGAGAACGGGGAAGAGAGUCCCAAGACUUUAGAGGAGAACUUGAAAUAUGACACUUUGGAUGAUCUCUAUACUAGUCUGGCCUUCUCUGAGGUGUACAAUAAUCAGUCGAACCUCGCCAAGCCGCAGGAGAACACGGCGAGGGAAGACCGUAGCCUUACACCCGAUGUCUCCCCUGAGCUCAUGAGUGAAGCAGAGGAGUUGCCUAAAGAGAGUUCACUAAAGGUUGCGUCGCCGGAACCAGAGAGCCAACAAGAGCCGGCAGAGUCCCCGGAACCCCCCUCCAGCUCGUUACCACCUCAGGUCAGCGCUCGCUCUAUGCCGCCUCAGACCAGCCCCCCCUCUCUGCCGGAGAUGGACUUCUUCCAUUCGGACCCCUUUACUGACCACUAUCCGUUCAAAGAUGAUCCAUUUGGGAAAGCGGAUGUUGCAGAUCCGUUUGGUGGAGAUCCGUUCAAAGGCUCCGACCCCUUCGCCGCAGACUCUUUCUUCCAGGCCCCCGGAGCCCCCUUUGCCCCAGACGACCCAUUUACUGCCAGCUCGGCCGAUCCGUUUGGCCCCACUGCUGGCGUCCCAGAGCCGGACCUGUUUGCAACGAAGCCCGGUGACGUAGCAGCAGCACCAACAGCCGGUCCAGAUCCCUUCACCUCCAAAGCCACCGAUCCAGCUGCAGCGCCCAAGGAUCCAUUCAGCUCCACGGGAAACACCAUGGCCACCUCGGACCCGUUUGGUGGCCAAAUGAGCGCCUCAGGGGAGGCGGACCCGUUUGGUUCUCAGGACGGAGGGGCGGAUCCCUUCAGCUGCUCUCUGCCCUCCUCUGAUCUGGCUGUGAAGGACUCUGCAGCAUCCAAUGACCCGUUUGCGCCGGGUGGCACGACGGUGAAUGCCAGCUCGGAUCCAGAUCCGUUUUCGGCUGUGUUCGGUAACGAAUCGUUUGGAGGAGGCUUUGCCGAUUUCAGUGCGUUGGCGAAGUCAACUGGGGCAGACCAGUUCGCCAUCAACAAUAAGAACCUGUUUCAGGAAGAAAGCCAGUCUGCCGGCCCUGACGUUCCCCCAGCCCUGCCCCCAAAAACGGGUACACCAACCAGGCCACCUCCUCCACCUCCAGGAAAAAGGGCGUCCGUCUCCAGGACGGAGUCGUCCGAGUCCUUCCAGCGACGCGGGCCCUUCCUCCAGCAGCCUUCGGGAGACUUCUCUUCCUCCCUGCCCGCUAAGGAUCCUCUAGCUGACCCCUUCGCCCCUUCCUCCCCUCCUCGUCACACCGCACGGGAAGCUGACCGAUUUGCCAGCUUUGACAAACAGUAUCCAACAGAGGACGACAUGAUUGAGUGGGCGAAGCGCGAGAGCGAGCGGGAGGAGAAGGAGCGACUGGCCCGGCUCACCCAGCAGGAACAAGAGGACCUGGAGCUGGCCAUCGCUCUCAGCCAGUCGGAACUCUCCUGAGGAGACCCCAACAUAAACCUUUCCCUCCCCUCGUUCACUGACCUGGCUCGGCACGGCACAGCACAGCUCGGCCCAGCCCAGAAAGCACCAAAGCAAAGUGGAGACUGCACAGGACUGAUUCCACAGCCCCCGCUGCCCCCCCCCACCACACACUAUGAAGAGACUUUCUUUGAACAAACCCAUCUCUGAAUCUUCUUCUCUGCCCAGACUGUGUUCCCCUUUCGCUGGCGAUGCAGUAUUGAUUUGAUUUUAUAGUUUUCAUCCCGUCGGUCUCGUUCCGUAUGUUCUGAAGAUGCGAGUGUUGAAAAAUGAAACGCGGCGGCCGUGGAUCAAAUGGAGGUCGCUCCGUUGAUUUCAACAUCGCGCCACAAGUGUCACCUUAACUCUCCAGAAUGUAAUUUAUUUAAUGCACUCGACUUGAUUUGAAAUGGCCUUGUCAGAAGUCCUGUCUUUAUCCACUAACAGUUCUCACUACACUUUCUGAAAACUCUGCUCACUCUACCUUCUGAAGAUACUGUGAGAAUUGUGUGUGAUUUCUUUAAUUAGAAAUAGUCUUGUUCAUUUGAUUGAGCACAAAAAAAUCACCCUAAUUUUUUUUUUAUCUGUGUGAAAGACCGAAGGCUGAUGGUAAAAGUGUGGGCGUUUUUAUUAUUUUUUAUUCAAGGGUUACGAUGAAGUCGGUGUCUCAGAAUAGUUAUAAAGUUCCGUAUGCAGAAGGCCUAUGAGAUUUUCUUUAAAACAAAAAUAACUUAAUCGGGACACGGUGACGACACUUUUUUAACUGGAAGUUACCAGUCCUCUGAUAUGUGAAACGCAUAUGACGGUUUAUACAUUUUACAACACCCCUCAAAUACUACCACAUUCAGCUUCCUCACGCUUUCAUUUCUUUAACGUUUCAGGAAUGUGUCGCUCUGCCCAGUAUAUCUGUCAUUUUAUUUUUUUGCUUCAUGCUAAAAGGAAUGAAACCUCAACUAUCUCAUGUAAUGAUUGCAUAUUAGUUCGCAUUACGUUUUAGGGUACACUAAGAGGGAUUUCACAAAAGGACAACACCAAAUACUUCUAAACAUCUGUUGGUUCCUAUGACAAUUUUUUUUUUUUAAUGUCUGUAUUAAUGACACUAACAGGCUAAAUGAUAGAAACUGGGUUGUCGUAAAGGAAUCAACGUGUUCCCGCUCAACGUGCUCUGUAGUCGUACAUUAAACGAACAGCAUUAAUAGCUUUGUUAAUCCUCACCGAUCGAGGCUUCGGCACUUUGUAAUGAAAGAUGUAUAUUGAAAAAGAUCAACUUCCUCAAACGCUCAAUUUCACAUUUUCACACCGGGUUCCAUAUUGAAGUGAGCUGCUGCUUUUUAUCUGUUGUUUAUCUGACCUCUUUUGAUGUUACAUUACCAGAUGCUUCCUCUCUGCGAGAUUAACUGCAAUAAACAAAGUCGGUAAAAGUAGACGAGCAUCCCUGUGAUCGGCCAGCAACUCUUCUUCUAAAACUACAGCAAUUUUCUCUCUGUUGAUUUCUAACCAAACUUAUUCCUGCUUUGUCUUGUUUUUUUUGUCCUUGUUCGGCUUUGAGAAGAAACGAGCAUCCUCAUAGUUUCCUCGUGUUGUUUAACUAGUUUACUGCUCGUGGUUGAAGCUAAACUUCCUACUCAAGGUUCACGUUGAUUGUAAACUCCAGAGAACAGCAGUCGUCCUUCAUUCAUUCUACAGUUUAUUUCCACCUGACAUGUUACUGUCAUUUGUACAGACUGCAAAUCAAGAACCACUCAUGUUUCCAGGCUUACCCUCAAAGGCUUUUUAAAACUCAAGCUAAUUGUAUUUUAAUUUUUUAUUUUCUAACAUGUAGAGAAAAAUAAAUCAUUAUUUGGAAGAAUAUGUAAUGCAUUUAAUUGAAACAGAAUAAAUAUUAAACGUGUCGUUUUGCA